ACUAAAGAGUAGACUCAUGACGAUAAGAUGAUACGCACUGCACUGACCUUAAAAUGCGGUCAUUUGUGAACAUUUGAACAUGAAAAAGUCGGUACACAUGAUUGUACCUGAUGCUCAGUGUGGAGGCUCGGAACCUUCGACUCACAAUGACCUGCUCAAUGCACAGGCCGCGAACCGGCGGGCAAGAGUGGCUCUGGCUGGAGCAUACCGUGGCCUUGACAAGCUAGGUUUAAAUGAAGGGAUCGAUAAUCACCUUAGUGUGAGGGCGCCUGCCGCAAAUGGAGAGGGCGAAGUUCUGUUGCUUAUUCCCUACGGGCUUCAUUGGUCUGAGGUUACGGCUUCUUCACUAGUGGGUCUAAACGAGAAGGAUGAAGUGGUUGAAGGAGAAGGACACGCCGAUAUAGCCGCAGCUUCCAUACACCGAGGCAUUCACAACGCUAGAAGUGAAGACGUCUCAUGUGUGAUGCACACCCACAUGCCUUACGCCACAGCACUGGCGGUUUUACAGGACCCCACUCUUCGCAUGUGUCACCAAAAUUCUCUCAGAUUCUACGACAAUGUUGCCUAUGACAAGGAAUACCAAGGCUUUGUUGAAAAUGUCUGCGAGGGAGACCGCAUAGCAAAGGCACUGGGCAAAAACGACGCCAUGAUCAUGAGGAGUCACGGGGCCCUGGCUGUAGGUCCAACUAUUGCCAGAGCCUUUGACACAAUGUACUACUUGGAGAGGGCCUGUCAAAUACAGGUCAUGGCAAUGUGGACAGGGCAACCACUGGUUGAAAUAGACGAAGAAACAUGUAAGAAAUCGAAGACAAUCGUCGACCGGACGGGAGACGAAUAUGCAAGCGCUUUCUUUGAAAGUGUACUGCGAAGAUUACGAAAGGAGUGUCCAGAUUUUGAAAAUUGAAGUCAAAGCUUCUCAUUUAAUUUGUCAACGAAAAUAAUCGUGAUUUGAAAAAUAACGCAGCCUCACACUUGAUUAAAACAAUGGGCUGUAUAAAGAUCUAUGAUUAAACCAAAGCUGUCUGUAACUUGUAAAGACUGAGUCAAGUGCGGGCUGUCUUGUCAACUGGCGCUGUUGUUUUCUAAAGUUGCUGUCAUUUUUCCCAUAAGGUUCAGGAGUUGCUCUAUUUCAAGAAAUACAACUGUUGUGAACCGUCUAAAACGACUUUAAUUCAUAACUGUACUGAAUUUCAGUGUAUCAAUUUCCAUUAACGAAUUAACUAAUCUAUGGGCUCCAACAUGACUCCAGAUUCGACUCAGUCUUUCACUUUACGUGCACAGGGAAGCAUAACAGAACAACCUUACAUAGAAUUGAACAAGAUGUGAGGACAGCGAGAGCUAUGGAAGAGGUUGGGAGCGACGGAGCACGGAGACGCAGUUUACACCCCAUUUCCAUAGAUUAGAUCGACCUACUUUAGAUCGACCUAACUCCCUGGGGGUUCACGCUA